GAUGGGCGCCCUGGCCCUGGCUCUGGGGAUUUUCCACUACCUGGGGCUCUACCUGCAGCUCGGCGCCGCCUCCCGGCACCCCCCGUGGGACGCCCCGGCGGCGGGCAGCGCUCUGUUCACCGAGACUCCCCACGAUAUGACGGCGCAGGCGGGYGAGGAUGUGGAGAUGGCGUGUUCCUUCCGCGGCAGCGGCUCCCCGUCCUACUCCCUCGAGAUCCAGUGGUGGUACGUCCGCAACCACAAGGACUGGACGGACAAACAGACCUGGGCUUCCAGUCAGCUGAAAUCAUCACCUCCAGAGGAGCCUGGCAAGGAGGCGACCAAAAUCAGCGUGGUGAAGGUGGUUGGCAGCAACAUCUCCCACAAGCUGCGGCUGUCGCGGGUGAAGCUGGAGGACGAGGGGACCUACGAGUGCCGGGUGAUCGACUCGAGCGACGGCAAGGCGCGGCACCACAAGGUGAAGGCGUACCUGCGGGUGGAGGCGGCGGGGGGCCCGGGGCACCCCCAGGACACCGAGCUGCGUGGGGCCCCGCUGGCAGAGCUCGCCGCGCCGGGCUCAGCCCACGCACACCACCACCAUCACCACCACAAAGCCGGGAAGGAGCUGAAGAAGCGCUCGGCAGACACCUCCUGUGUGCUGUAGGUGGGCGGUGCGGGGGGAACGCCGGAGCCCCCUCCGCCCCGGACUCAGCGGAGCCAUCACGGGUCCCGCAGCCCCUGCCAGAGACUGGCCCCACCGCCCCGUCUUGUCC